GGAACAGGUUCCCCUCGAUAGUGUCGACAUGACGGAGGGCGGAACCAAGAUAUCGAGGAUGAACCACUGCCCAGAUGCCGAGGUGAUCCGCAUGCGGCCUGCUUUCAGGUGCUGAAGACAAGAGACCGUGGUCUACAGCCGAGAUAAUCCCCGAUGUUGAAAGUGAAUCCACACUUUGAGAACCAGCCAAGCUGCAUGGUGGUCAGAUGUCGUCAUGCAUGAAGAUUCAAAAGACGCCUAUACCCGGUCUGCGAGAUGCAGGUUCACAUCGGAUCACAGCAAUUCGCCCAUUAGGACCAAUUGAGUCCUUUCAUUAUUGGGAGCUUUUCCCCUCAUCCCGACCUGUUGGUCCAGAAGAUUACUUGCAUCUGCUCCUCAAUCUUAGUCUGAUUCAUUGCCCACGGACUCGAAAACCAAUCUGACAUUUGCCUCAAAGCAACAUGUCGUCGACUGUGGUGGAAAGCAUUAUAACAGUACCGCCUGCAGUCAUCUGUGCAUCUGACCCGGCAAGCCCCAGCACAUCAGCAUGGACCGAAGACUCAACCAUCAAGGGCUUCUCAGAGAAAGCAGAAGAGUCCCAUCAUCGCGACUCAGAAGAUGGAUCUCUGGACCUCGAGGCUCAGAUCCCCAGAAAGCGGAGGCUCGCUGCAAUUCGAUUCACAUUCCUCAACAUAUAUCGCCGGCUGUUCUCCCUCGUCUUCCUGACCAAUUUAGCUGUAUUCGUUGCAAUCAUGGCAACAGAUCGAAGGCUACUAGCCUUAGUGAACGCUGCUGCGGGCAAUCUGCUUGCAUGCGGUCUUGCGCGACAGCCUCUAGUGGUGAACUCAAUCUUCGUCAUCGUGGCCUCCAUACCGAGGUCAGCGCCUCUGCGGCUACGCCGUAUCGCGGCCAAGGUAUACCACUAUGGUGGCGUGCAUAGCGGAUGCGGGAUAGCCUCAUUUGUCUGGUAUGCCGGCUUUGUCGGUCUGCUCUCAUGGGAGCACUGGACUCCAGCAUCGGGCGGGCCAACCACCUCCGCGACACCAGUCAUCCUCGCAUACUUGAUCCUAGCCCUGCUGUUCACCAUCAUCGUUGUCGCGUAUCCGAGAUUCCGGAUGAAGAAGCACGACUACUUCGAGCUCAUGCAUCGGUUCUUCGGGUGGCUGGUAGUGGCGCUGUUCGUGAUCCUGCUCGUGGUGUUCGCGGACGAGGUUAGUCGCGCAUCCAACGAACCACUCGGGAGAUUCCUGAUCAAACUACCUGCCUUCUGGUUCCUGAUGGUCACGGUCGUGGCCAUCGUGCACCCCUGGGUGCUCCUCCGCAAGGUCAAGGUGCAGCCGGAGUUCCUCUCGUCCCACGCGGUGCGGCUGCACCUGAGCCAUACGACGACGACGUUUGGCAAGGGCAUCCAGCUCGCACGCCACCCGCUUCUGGACUGGCACGGGUUCGCCACGUUCUCGGACCUCAACGGUAAGAGCUUCUCCUGUCUGGUGUCCAAGGCCGGGGACUGGACCGCCGCCUGCAUCCAGGACCAGCCCACGCACCUGUGGAAACGCGGCGUGCUCACCUAUGGCUUCGCGUAUGUGAUGCGAGUGUUCAAGCGGGUGGUCGUCGUCACCACAGGUUCGGGGAUUGGACCGUGUUUGUCCUUCCUGGGCGACGAUAAUCGCCCCGCGCUUCGAGUGGUGUGGCAGGCGCGGGCGCCUCUGAAGACGUACGGAGAGGAGGUCCUCAACCUGGUGUCGAGGAUGGACGCGAACCCCGUGGUCAUCGAUACAAAUCAGUCGGGGCGGAUCGAUAUGGUUCCCAUCAUUCGGCGGAUCGUUAAGGACUUUGAUGCCGAGGCUGUCUGUGUCAUCAGUAACCCUGUCUUCACCAAGAAGGUGGUAUAUGAGUUGGAAUCGAGGGGCGUACCGGCGUUCGGGCCCAUCUUCGACUCAUGAAUAAUCGACCAGUGGGUCAUUGCUAUUGUAUGUACCAGGCUGGAGGUGGCUGUUGUGUUUAUUUUCGAGCUGGGCUGCUUUUUUUCUUCGGAGUUACUGCGGGGAAGUAGAGGCGUAGUAGGGAGGAGUCAAGAUGAUCGCAAGGGGAGUAUUUGCAAAGAGAAACUCAAGCUGAGUCGGAG